UGAUACUAUCCGCAAGAUGCUCAUAUUGGGAUCCUACUUAUGCUCUGAUAAUUUCCACUCCAGUCCAAUAUUCCUUACGAAUUUAUCACAUCUACGUAACGACGGUAACGUUGAAGCGGCGACGUCCUAACCAGACUAAAGUGGAAAAAUGGCUAAAAGCUGUAUUGGACUACCUUCCGUUCGUCCUUGCUUCUCAUCUAUUUGGAGCUUUGUGGUACCGUCUUGCUGUUCAACGACUGGUAGAUUGUUGGAAGUCACAUUGUCACAUUCUCCUAGGAGAUCCUCAAUCUAACAAAAGUCGACAUUUUUUCUGUGGAAAUAUUACCAUACACAACAACAACAAUCUCUCUAAAUGGGAUGAAUUAUGUCCGGUAAAAGAAGCAAAUCCAAAUGUCUUUGAUUUCGGUAUAUAUCUCCAUGCUCUUCAAUCUAAUGCGACAAGUUCAACUCAUGUCGUGCAAAGAAUGUCACAAUCUUUUUGGUGGGCCUUACGGAAUCUGAGUUCUCUUGGUUCGAACCUCCAGACUAGUCUGUAUACAAUGGAAAUCUUCUUGUCUGUGAUGAUAUCUAUAAGUGGCAUGGUGUUAUUUUUAGUAUAUCUAAAUGCAAGGGUGCAGGAGCCGCAAGAAUUAUUAGAUCAGCCUAAAUCAAAAAAGAUGCAGUUGCUGAAAAAAGUGCCUGUGCUUGAAAAUAUUCCUGAAAAUAUUUUGAUAGCAAUCUGUGAGCAUCUUAAGCCAGUGACAUACACUGAAGACAGCUAUAUUGUUCAAGAGGGGAGACCCCUUGUGAAGAUGCUCUUCAUCGUGGAAGGCCUUGCAUGGACUUACACAACCGGUAACAUUGACGUAGGAACGUUAAAGAGAGGCGAUUUUUACGGAGAAGAAGUUUUAACUUGGGCAUUCCAAUCUCCCUCCUUUUCUGGUUUACCCAUCUCAACUAGAACUGUUAUUUCCGAAGGAAAAAUCGAAGCCUUUGCUCUCAGAGCCGGCGACUUGAAGAGUGUUGUCUGUAGUUUUGGUGGCAUUUAAGGAAAAAGGUCGAUGUUUCUUAGUUGGAGCUCUGGGGGCAUUUGGCAGCGUCUUCCAUACAAGAAGCUUGGCGCCUCCGUAAUUCAAAGCCGCGCCUAAACUCCCAACUAUGUGGGACAUGAUUCCUUGUCCCUAACUGCUGCUAUUGCGUUUCAGCUCUGCUAUUGCAAUUCCAUCGCUUUUGUUUGUAACUGUUUGUGUAAUGUGUGUAGUACUCUUUUAUUUUAUUUUUAUAGAAUCAGUGGCUUUUGUUGUA